CACAGCGUGCACACUGAGCUCAGUCAGCGCUGUGGGACUGGCUCUCUGUGGGACCGGGUCUUUGAUGUCGAGCACACUGAUCACAGAUCAGAUACACGCGCUUCAGAUCCAUAAAGCCACCCCCCUCUCUCCCUCUCUCUCCGCCUUUGAUCUGGGCGCUGGGCUCGUCCUCGAUCCGCCGCGGCUCCUCUGUGCUGAGCUGGGGGCUGGCAGACAUGGUGAGCAGACCGGUGCGGGAAGCACACCACCACACCUCUCACCGGUCUGCUUUCGACUUUUAACGAGCGCUACUUUGAUCAUCACGCUCCUUUUUUAGCAGCUGCAGGCAACAAGGGGCUCAUCAAAAUGGUGUGGAUGUUUCAGCACACCUUCUCACUUCUACUAGCAGCACAUGUCAUAUAUUCAACUCUGAUUCCUGUGAGUGCCGAGGAGGAGUCCAGAGAAUGCAGAGAACAGGAGUACAAGGACCGGUUUGGGAACUGUAAACCCUGCAAGCAGUGUGAUGCAGGACAGGAGCUAUCAAAGGAAUGUGGCUUUGGUUAUGGAGAGGAUGCCCGGUGCGUGCCCUGCCGGAGCAGUCGCUUCAAAGAGGACCGGAGCCUGCAGAAGUGCAAGCCCUGCCUGGACUGUGGACUCAUCAACCGCUUCCAGAAGGGCAACUGUUCCACCACGAGCAACGCCGUGUGUGGCGACUGUCUGCCGGGAUAUUACAGGAAGACAAAAUUAAGUGGCUUCCAAGACAUGGAGUGCAUACCCUGUGGAGACCCUCCACCUCCUUAUGAGCCUCACUGCAGCGGGCGUGUGAACCUGGUGCCGCUGCCCGUGGUGGUGACCAGUCCGCGGGACAUGGCCCUGGCGGCGGUCAUCUGCAGCGCUCUGGCCACUGUGCUGCUGGCCCUGCUGGUCCUCUGCGUCAUCUACUGCAAGCGACAGCUGCUGGAGAAGAAGCCCAGCGCGGCCUCUCUGAGGUCCCAGGAUUGUCCCUACAGUGGAGCAGAGCUGUCCUGCCUGGACCCACGCUGGCUCCACGACUUCCCCCAGAGGCCCUGCUGCCAGUGUCACCUGGGCCCCGGACACACCUGUGGUCCAGUCCACCUGAUCCCGUCUCUGUGCUGUGAUGAGAGCUGCAGUCUGGGCCGCAGCCAGGACAGCAGUCCCUUCCAGUCCCAGAUGAGCCUCAGUGACGGAAACACAAACCAGGAUGAGGAGGGCACCCCGACGCAGCUGGGAGGACGUCCAGAGUCUGCCUGCAAAGAGGACGGCGGGAUGAGAGCGACUUCAGAGCCUGCAGAGGGUCUGGCGCCGCCUCAUUGCAACGCUGAGCCUGCAGGGAGACCGGAGGUAGACGAAGAGGAGGAGGAUGACGAGGAGGAAGAAGGGUGCAGGUCAAGGCAGAAUUCACCUGAGAGAGCCGGGCAGAGCUACAGUGACACUGUGACAGAUGCACUUAUUCCCAAACAGCACUCCUCCAGUCAGGAAGGAUGACAUGGAUUUCUUUGGCUCGUGUUCCAACCUUGAACCACCCCGAACUCAACAACAGCCACGGCCAGAUCCCCUAUCAGAUUACUCUCGAGCCCCCCCCCCCAAACACACACACACAGAUGAGCAGCAGCCACUCUCAAGUGUGCUCGCGCCGCCUCUUUGAAAUGCCUGCCGCUGACCUCAGAGCCCCUCGUCAAAGGGUCCAAACAGAAUAUGUACAUACAUG